AUGAGCAGCCGGCGGAAGAAUCCACAUCCGAAACGAGCGGAAAACGCGAGGACGGUUUUGAAGGGAGAGAAAGAAGAACGACCGGUGUUGUUAUGUGUGCGAAUACCUGAUGAUGAUGAUGAGGAUGAUGAUGAGGAAGAUGUCGCUUUUGAUGAAGUCGUUGAGCAGCAAAAUGAGAAGUUGCGAAAAGAAAAGACUGCGACGAAAAGAGGAGGGAAGAGAAAGAGAGGGCAACAACACGAGUGCGAUGUUUGCGAGAAGGUGUUUGAUAGACCAUCAAGUUUGGCCAUACACAUGCGUAUUCACACGAACGAGAAACCGUACGAAUGCGACGUGUGCGAGAUGCGCUUUCGUCACUCUAGUACUUUGAGAGUCCACGAGCGCAUUCACACGAACGAGAAACCGUAUGAAUGUGAUAUUUGCGAUAAAGCUUUUCGUGAAUCUGGUAAAUUGAAAGAGCACAUGCGUAUUCACACGAACGAGAAACCGUACGAGUGUGAUGUGUGCGAGAAGCGUUUUAGUCGAUCUGGUACUUUGCAAAGCCACAUGCGCAUUCACACGAACGAGAAACCGUAUGAAUGCGAUGUUUGCGAGAAGCGUUUUCGUACAUCUAGUCAAUUGAAAGUCCACGUGCGUAUUCACACGAACGAGAAAGCGUACGAGUGUGAUGUGUGCGAGAAGCGUUUUACUCAAUCUUGUAAUUUGAAAACCCACAUGCGUACUCAUCGUUAG